AACGGACUCGGCAGAGAGUUCAGCCUGCAAACGUUUCGCAGACGCUGACGAACAUUAGCGACAAGGUUGAUUGAACUUACCUCGGGUGUGCAGUCACCCGGCUUCCGGCCUCGGCGGCAUCAAAAUAUAGUUCUGUUCGUCACGCCACAAUCACGUUUACUGUUAACAUUUAAUUACCUUGCGGUUUUUAAACAGAUAUAAGUUUAUGUUUGUUAUGAAGUUAUACAUGUAAAUACGUUGAUAUGUAAAAUAGUGUUUGCUAAACAACUAGCUGGAUUAUCCAUCAUAGACAUCAAAAGACGGAUUAAUAACUGGCUUCUCUGUAGGUAUAAUUUCCCGACACCUGCGUGUAUGCUACCGAAACGUAACGUACGUAUUUGGGAGUUCGAGUUACUGAAUUGACGAGGUACAGGUGUAUGUGUUGAAAUAAGAAGUUUCUGUUACAACUGUAAACACACACGGCAGACACGAGUCUUGAAAAGAAGCGAGGAUGUUGGUGUAUUGUGUAUUCCUUUGUCAUAUAAUAUCAGCGGCUGUAUCGGAGAUCCGAUUCGCCUCCUACUAUGGAAGUCACAUGGUCUUACAACGAGCACCAAACAGAGCCGUCGUGUGGGGAACCGCGUCCAAGAUCGGCGACACCGUCACGGUGGCCGUCAGCGGUCAAGGCUACCAAACAACGACGGUCGUCAAAAACCCGGAAGGGUCAGGCGGCUUUUGGAAGGCAACUCUCCCGGCCAUUUCUGAAAAGGGUCCAUUUUCCGUGACGGUGACGUCCAGCGAGGGACAGCAGAGUUUAGAUGACGUUUUGUUCGGGGAUGUUUGGAUCUGCUCAGGACAGAGUAACAUGGAUUUUUCCUUGGGUCGGGUAUUUAAUGCAAAAACAGAAAUACAGAGAGCGUUGACAUUUAAGGAUAUAAGAAUAUUUCAAGCCUUGAGGGUGGAAUCCAAGACACCUUAUGAAGAUCUCCAUGGAAUAGCCAUUAAGUGGACUGCUCCUACGAACGAAACUGUACCAGACUUCUCUGCUGUUUGCAUCCUAUUUGCUGAAUACGUCUACCCUCAUUUGAACUUCCCAAUCGGAUUGGUCCAAGCAUCGUGGGGCGGCACGCCCAUCGAAACGUGGUCGUCACCAGAUGCCAUCCGCAAGUGCCCAGCACAUAAUUUUGAUGGUCCAGCUGAACCUAGUGUUCUGUGGAACGCCAUGAUGAAUCCCUUCAAAAGAAUGACAAUAUACGGCACUCUAUGGUACCAAGGUGAAGAAAACGCUGUUAGCGAAGCGUCUGCCGAGUUGUAUGCGUGUCAGUUCCCGGCCAUGAUAAAUGACUGGAGGUCGAAAUUCAGCGAAGCUACUGGCGGAGAAACAUUUAAAUAUUUUCCAUUUGGAUUUGUACAGCUCGCUCCCAAUGCAAAAAAACCGACAUUGGUGGGUCAAUUUCCUGCUCUGCGUUGGUCCCAGACGGUUAGGCAUGGUUAUGUUCCUAAUAACAACAUGACCAACACAUUUAUGGCGGUGGCGAUGGACCUUCCAGACUUUGAUUCGCCAUAUGGAGCAAUCCAUUCACGGGACAAGCAAGACGUGGCGUACCGGUUAGCUUUAUCGGGACGUGCAGUGGCAUAUUCUCAAAGAGUGCAGUUUCAGGGACCAUUUCCGAGCAGCUUUCAGGAACAAAAAGACAAAAACUACUUAAAAAUCACUUACAAUUACUCUCCCAUUGAAAUAAAGAACAGACAAGGGUUUGAGGUUUGUUGUGCGACCAGACGUACAGCUGUCUGUGGAGAGAAAGACACGUGGCAUGCUGCGCCGAUUGAACAUUAUGACGACAUGUCCGUGACGAUAUCGAGUGGCGCAUGCGCAAACGAUUAUACAGUCGGACUGAGAUACCAGUGGAGAACGAGCCCUUGUGAAUUCAAAAUGUGUUCAGUUUAUGGACUUGACACUACGCUUCCUGCUCCACCAUUUAUUGCCAAUAAAGCUGCAUAACGAUC